AUGGAGCGAGCGAAUGAGGAGACGAGCCUGGUGCCUCGCCCGCAACCGCUGCCAUCCCCUCCUCUCCAUCCCUCAACGGCAUCCUCCAAGGUCUCAGAAACUGAUGCGCUCGUGACAACCUCCCUUUCCAACGGCGUCAGCGUCGGCAAUGGCACCGUCUUUCCGCACGCCCACAAUGGGGGCCCCAAAGAUCGACCGGUCUCCGGCAUAGUUCCGCCGUACUGGAGUCACCAUCGGAAUGCAUCCCGUGCCUCUCAAAUCUCUCUCGAACAGCCUGCAAUUACUCUUGAAGACCAUACGGAGGAUCCAGAUUCCGAGACGAGCCGCGGACUAUGGGCUAGGAGCGUAUCUGUAGAUGAUCAUGUUGUCGUCCAGGGGAAAUCCGGUAUAGGCGCAUAUGUGGUGUGGAGUUGUACCAUACAAACCCUCGAGGGUGGUCCCAUCAGUGUUCGCAUGAGGUACUCUGAAUUCGAUGACUUAAGACAAAAGCUGGUAUCUUCAUUCCCGCACGCGAAGAACGCCCUACCAGCUCUACCACCGAAGAGUGUUCUCUUCAAAUUUCGCCCAGCAUUCCUCGAAUCCCGGCGGGUCGGGCUGGAAUACUUCUUGAACUGUGUCCUUCUUAAUCCAGAAUUUUCGAGUUCGCCGGUCGUGAAAGACUUUCUAUUUGGACGCAUGUGCUAA